AUGGAUUACGCCGACGGCGGCUCUUUAUGGGAUGUCCUCCAGUCGAGCCCCCUGGACGGAAGGUUGAAGGAAUCUGAUCUCCGCUGGGACGUCAAGCCGCACAACUUCGUGGUCACAUCGUCCGCACACGUGUUGAUGAUCGAUUUCGGCUCGGCUGCACCUCUAGUUCCUGGAACACAAUCAAUCCCGAAGAAGUACUGUUUGGUGCCAUGCGGGACCUGUGAUUACAUAUCUCCCGAAAUACUCAUUGCUCACGAAGAUGCGUUAAUCAAACUCGAAAUGGAGAUGGACGAAGACGAGGUUACAUCUGUUUCAGUCGAUGCGGAUAUUGACGAGGAUGCCCCUGGAUACGGUCUGGAAACAGACUGGUGGAGUCUCGGUGCUAUGCUCUAUGAGAUGGCAUAUGGAGUAGCACCUUUCUUCGCCGAGAGCAUUCGGCAUACUUAUCUGCGGAUCAUGGAUCAUGAGACAAGCCUUCGAUUUACUCAGACUUCGACUGUAUCUGAUGUAUUUCAAGACUUCAUGCGAGGUCUGCUGAAGGAACCGGUAGCACGGCUCGGUCGCCGAGGUGUCAACGACAUUAUGCAACACCCUUUUUUCAGUGCUGUGAAUUGGCAGAACCUCCGCUCUCUUCACCCUCCUACGGAUUUGCAUCUUCCGGUAUUCAUGCCUGUGGAAGCUGGCACCGACGGUCCCAGUUCGUUGGGGCAAGGAACAUCCCUCUCUCGCGGCUUCGCAUUCUCUGGGUUAUUUGAGUCUUCUGUUGGCUCCGGAGUUUCGCCUUCCAUCGCCGUGCUCCGGUCAUCGCAUGGGUCAAAGCGCGGCGGAGUGCCGGAGACGCCCAUCCAACGUUUGAGUAGAUCUGUUGGUAAGGAUCAAUCAGCCUCCUUCAUUGGCUUCUCGUGGGGACCCUCGAAGUCGGCUUUCGAUGCCAACACCCCCACGAGCACACAGGAAACGACCGAUGUUGCGCCGUCCGGAUGUACUCCUCAAGCAUCUCGGCAUAUGUCGACGGACGCACUUCACCCAUCUCUCACGCCGGACCUGGACCCUGUCAACCUCCCGCCGCUUGGACACACGUUCGCGACUCCAUUGCGGGGGAUACCCACAGGAACGCAGAACACGCUGCCCCGCAUGAGUACCCUGCGGAAGCGGCCGGUGUCUGAUCGGGAGGCGAUGAAGCAACUCAUUGAUUGUGUGGGGAUGAGCGCCAGGAAAAAGGUCCUCGAGAGCGGGAGGAAGCCCAGGAUCCUCGAUGCCAACUUCUUCGAGCAGCCCAGCCGGACAAACAGCCGAAGGAUAAGCUGGGGCUCCACUGGCCCUGCGCGUUUGCCUCCAGCGAUCUCGACGGCAACUGGCUCCGGUGGAAGUAGUGCUCGCACGAGUGUGAAAAAGGAGCUGCGAUUUGUGUUUGACACGCCGGAAGAUAGCGCCGUGGGGAACACCACGCGCUCGGAUCCGUCGUACGCGCCGCCUUGGGCUCAGACGCUGUGGACAUCCCAUCAUAACCGCGAAGGUCCCAUCUCUGCUUCUGAAGGAGAGAGUGAGACAGACAUAGAAGCACCGCCUAGUCCCAGUCCCAGUCCGCGCCCAGGGUCCGUCACGUCCUUCAUGUCCAGGCGCAGUAGUACCCCUACUGCUACCAUGACGGUUUUCAACAUGACUCAGAGUCGAACCCUGCCCUCCUUUUCUGAUGCCUCUAGCCGGCGCCGGUCUACAAUUGCAUCCUAUUCAAAUAACCCCGACCAGGAGGCGUUCUCUAGCGAGAGCGGCCCCAGGCAGCUCGGCGACCUGGAGCACAGACACAGGAAGCUGAUGGACGAUAUCGAGUCGAUACAGCAGCGCUUGAACUCGCUCAGAUCCAGGUGA